UCUAUUUUAAAGUUCCCUUUCAACGAGAUAUCUCUACUCCUCUUCCACAUUUUACAUUACAGGCAAAAGAGUGUGUUAUUCAUCCCCUCCCAAUAUGGUGGAAAAAAAAUCAAACCAAUUAGAAGAGUUCACUAAUUUUAGUUCGGAGAAAGUAGUUGAAGUGAAAGCUUUUGAUGAUUCAAAAGAAGGUGUUAGAGGUUUGGUGGAAUCUGGGGUGUCAAAGAUCCCACGCAUUUUUCAUACUGGGAAGCUGGACAUCGAUGAAAACUCGGUUAGAGACGUCAAGUUGAGUGUUCCCAUUAUAGAUCUCAAAGACAUACACAACAAUCCAGCUAGGCGGGUAGAGGUAAUUGGCGAAAUUCAAAAUGCAUGCCAAGAAUGGGGAUUUUUUCAAGUCAUUAAUCAUGGAAUUUCCGUUAUUGUCUUAGAUGAAAUGAUUGAGGGAGUCCGUAGGUUUCACGAACAAGAUCCGGAUGUAAGGAAAGAGUUUUACACGCGUGAUUCAAAUAAAAACGUCACGUAUUUCUCAAACGUCUCCCCUUUUAGUGGCCAACCUACAAAUUGGAGAGAUUCAUUUGGCUUUGGUGUUGCUCCUGAUCCAUUCAAACCAGAAGAAAUACCAUUAUUAUGCAGAGAUAUUGUGAUUGAAUAUUCCCAAAAAAUUAAUGAUUUGGGUUUCACUAUCUUUGAGUUGUUGUCAGAGGGACUAGGACUCAACCCUUCCUACCUCAAAGAUUUUAAUUGUGCUGAAGGACACUAUAUUUUGGGUCAUUAUUAUCCACCAUGUCCUGAACCUGAACUAACUUUGGGCGCUUCCAGUCACACUGAUGCUGACUUCAUCACAUUACUUCUACAAGACCAUAUUGGUGGUCUUCAAGUUCUUCAUGAGGAUAAAUGGCUCAAUGUUCCUCCAGUUCAUGGUGCUCUUGUUGUAAACAUAGGGGAUCUUCUACAACUUAUCACAAAUGGCAGGUUUGUAAGUGUUUAUCAUCGAGUUUUAGCAAAGGACAUAGGCCCGAGAAUUUCUGUUGCAAGCUUCUUUGUGAAUUCCCCUGACCCAAUUAAAGGUGAAUCAAAGGUUUAUGGUCCUCUUAAGGAAUUGACUUCAAAAGAAAACCCACCAAUCUACAAAGAUAUUACUAUAAAAGAGUUUUUAAACCAUUAUUAUGCAAAAGGCCUGGAUGGAAAUUCUUCCUUGGAGCCAUUCAAGUUGUGAGUACAACACAAGAAGAUAUUUUUUAUUUUCAUGGAGCUGGCCACAAUCUGUUUGAAUAACAAGCCUCAUUUUCUGCUAUAAGCAUGCUCUAUAUGUAUCAAAUUUUUAAGAUUGAAAUAAAUGAUUUAUCUAUGCUUGUUG